AUGGCACCGCCGAAAACGUGGACGGUGAACGACGAGCUGCUGCAGCGGCGCAAGAAGAUCGUGCCCAUUCCGACCCGGGAGGUGUACGAAUCCUGGUCGUUGGGCCAGCUCAAGCAGGCAUGUACGUCGCGCAAGCUCAAUGCCGUGAAGAACACGAACAAGGAGGGUCGAGUCGCGCUGCUGGAUGCGUACGAUACGCACAAGUCGAAUACGCAGAAUACGGUGCAGCAGCAACGAAGCAAUGCGAGACGCGGGCGCGAGGAGGAGGAGAAACGAACCAAGAAUUGCAUGUUUCGCGUGCUCAACGUGCUCUUCUCGGAGAGCUUCUUCAAUGGCUUGCUCACCUCGGGAAACCAGCUCAUCCGGAGCGAGUUCGACCAAGGCGGGUCCACAUUUUGGGGGAUGUUGCGACAGCGUUCAGCGAAGCGGACGUCCUGUACGAAGCCAAGGUCUCCUCCGACGCCAUCUUGGACGACAUCGAUCCGUCGCAGACGGUUGUCCAUUCAGGAUGCAAGCUCCACAGAAUGUGGCGCGAAGUCAGCAGCAAUUUUGCGGGGGGCAGAAGCGGGGUCUAAGAAGUCUGGUGAGCAUGGAGAAGACUUCUGGAGCUUCUGCGCGGGAAGGGCUGAUGUCUUCUACCUGCACAAGUGGUGUGAGCAUCGCAGGGCUCGUCGCGAGUUCUGCUCAGCAAAUAUAUACUCCGACAACGAGGACGACUCGCAGAAAGAGGGUGCUAGCCGCGGCAAGAAGGGCAAACGCAAGCGCCGGAACAGUUCACAGGCGGAAAUAUUGGCUUCGCUAGCGGAGAGCGUCGGUGAGAUGGCGGCUGCUAACGAGUCAAGCGAGGCCCAAGAAGCCAUAUGGAAAGAGCAAGCGUUGCUGGUGCGCGAAAAGCGGAUCUCGCGCCGGCUGGAAAUGCUGCACACAAUUGUGGAACGUACCAACGGCAACAUUUUUGAGUUGAAGAAGCACCUUCAAGAGCACAAAGAUGACAGCGAUGAAGAUGAGUUCGAUGCUGAGGAGCUGUUGGUCCAGGAGCGCAGCAAGCGUCAAAGACUGAUGGAUCAAAUCGAAGAGCUGGAAUAUGAGGUGGUCGCUAACGUGCAGCUCCAGCAAAUGCUUUAG